UCUUUAAUGAGAGCUAAGAGUCUUUCCCUUGGCAUUAGUUUGCUUUUUGUUUUAAUUUAUGGUGUAUUGUUUAGAAGCUUCAUUAAACUUUGUUAACUUUCUCAAGUCCAGCCUGGGAAUCAUACUUAAUAUUCAAGGAGUUGAAUUAACAGGUUUGAAGUAAUUUGUUGUGGCUGACUGUCACAUCUUUUUAAUUCUCUGCUCCUUUGAUAUGGUGGCAAAAUAUCCACAAAGUUUCCUUAUUAAGAAUCUCUUUUUGCAUCUAUCAUAGAUGGAAUUCAUAUUGUCUAUGCUUCAUGCUAGGUCAUGAAAAAAGCCUGUUUGGUUCUUCUUUGGUUCCAGCAAGAUUGGUUAGGCCGUAGGAGCUUGAUUGUUCAGUAUGAUAGAUUAACCAGGAGCUACCAAUAAAGGAGAAAACAACCAUGCUCAACAGAGCAUCAAGGACCCCUCAUAACUAGGAGUUCUGGCCGGUUUCUCUUCCAGCAAGUCAGAUUGGAAGCUGGAGACCAAACACCUUCCUACUGUGGUUUGUGAAAAUUAUCUUGAUAAUGGCAAUAAUAAAAUGGCAAUCCAGCAAGCAGACAAACUGCUAAAAAAACACAGAGAUCUUCACUGUGCUAAGGUUUUGAAAGCAAUUGGCCUGCAAAGAACUGGGAGACAAGACGAAGCAUUUACUUUGGCUCAAGAAGUAGCAGCCCUUGAACCCACGGAUGACAAUUCCUUGCAGGCGUUGACAAUCCUGUAUCGAGAAAUGCAUCGGCCUGAGCUGGUCACGAAACUCUACGAGGCAGCCGUGAAGAAAGUUCCCAGCAGUGAGGAAUACCAUUCUCAUCUCUUCAUGGCUUAUGCAAGAGUCGGAGAAUAUAAGAAGAUGCAGCAGGCUGGAAUGGCCCUUUAUAAGAUUGUCCCUAAAAACCCAUACUAUUUUUGGUCCGUGAUGAGUUUAAUAAUGCAGUCAAUAUCUGCGCAGGAUGAAAAGCUCUCAAAAACCAUGUUUUUACCCCUAGCUGAAAGGAUGGUAGAAAAAAUGGUGAAAGAAGAUAAAAUAGAAGCCGAAGCAGAAGUGGAACUUUACUACAUGAUUCUAGAACGCUUGGAAAAAUACCAAGAAGCUCUGGAUGUUGUGAGAGGAAAAUUGGGAGACAAGUUAACCAGUGCGCUCCAGAGCAGAGAAAAUAAGUGCAUGGAGAUGUACAGGAAGCUGGGCAAAUGGCCAGAGUGCAACGCUCUCUCGAGAAAACUUCUGCUUAAAAACCCAGAUGAUUGGCAGUUCUACAUGAUCUACUUCGAUUCCCUCUUUCAACUGAUUGGCAUGGCUUGGACGCCUCCAGCUGAAGGAGAGCAUUCUCUGGAAGGAGACGUGCAUCACAGCACAGAGCAGGCCAUCGCGUUCAUAGAAGAGAGGCUAAUCCACGAGUCCAACAGCGCCCGCCCGCUUCGGGGACCAUACCUGGCCCAGCUGGAACUGAUCAGCCGCUUGCGGCACAGAGGCUACCCUGAAGAACAGAAAUUGGGCAACCCAGAAGAACUCAUGUUCCAGUACUUCAAGAUGUUUGGGGACAAACCUUGCUGCUUUACAGAUCUCAAGGUGUUCGUUGACCUCCUUCCAUCAACGCAAUACACAAAGUUCAUCAACCAGUUAUUGGGGGUCAUCCCCCUUUCUGUCCCGCCGGAAGGCAGGCUUGCGCUCCCAGCUAAUAUCAAAGCUUUACAACAACACCUGUGUGUGAUGCAGUUGACACGGUUGCUUGGACUCUUCCACACCAUGGACGACACAGCUCAAAAACUGGCAGCGGUCCAGGACUUGAUGCUACGUUAUCGGCACGGAUUAGAUUUUGGAAAAUCCUGUUUGAAAACAGAGUUACAGUUUUCAGAUUACUACUGCUUGCUUGCUGUUCAUUUGCUGCUUGACCUCUGGCUGGAAGCAGGCGAGGAAUCAGCCGUCUGGCAGUGCUUGACUCUGCUAGAGGAAGGGUUGACCUCAAGCCCUUCCAACGCCCAGUUCAAAUUGCUGCUCAUCCGAAUCUACUGCAUGCUGGGGGCCUUUGAGCCGGUGGUGGAGCUCUACUCCAGCCUCGACGCCAAGCACAUACAACACGAUACCAUUGGAUACAUGCUGACCCGCUAUGCCACAGCUUUUGGCCACUAUGCUGCUGCGUCCCAAUCCUGCAACUUUGCACUCAGGUUUUUCCACUCCAACCAGAAAGAUACCUCAGAAUACAUCAUUCAGGCCUAUAAAUACGGUGCGUUUGAGAAGAUCCCAGAAUUCAUCGCUUUCAGGAACAGGCUGAACGCCUCCCUUCAUUUUUCACAAGUCCGCACAGAACGGAUGUUGCUGGAUCUCCUCCUGGAAGCCAAUAUAUCAACGAGUUUGGAAGAAAGUAUUAAAUCCAUGGGCCUAAGUCUGGAAGAGGAUGACAUUCCCUGGAAAGACCUGCGAGAUAAUAGAGACCUCACCGUCCUAUUUAACUGGGAUCCAAAAGACAAGAAUAUUUCUGAAGAGCACAGAAAAUACUCUUUGGAGGAAGAGACCACCUGGUUGCGGAUUCGGUCCCUGACAUUACGGUUAAUAAGCGGGCUGCCAGCUCUUGGCCAUAGCAGCCAGCCAAAGAACUCAGAAAAAAGCACUGAGAAUGGUGUUUCCUCCAAGAUCGACACCGUCCGGACUCUCCUGCGGCAGCUGGACGAUGCAGUGAGAUCGGGGAAGUGGUUUCUACAGAAAAAUAUUCAGUAUCCGGUCCUCGGGCCCCCUCCUUCACGGAUGGCCAGCUUCUUUGACAGUGGGAGCUGCCAGUCCCAAAUCAGCUUGUUUUAUCUAGUUAGUGAAAUUUAUGAAUUAGAUACCAAUGGCUUAGAAGAUUCCACGGCAAUUCAAGAGCGAAUAGGAAAUUGUUUGAAAUCGUUACUGGAGCAACUAACAGAUCAGGUCAAUAAAUGCAAAGGUGAUUUGUUGGAAAUCCGGGAGGGCAGCUUCAAAACCCAUCCAAAUAUUUUAGAAAAUCUGGUCUUCUUUGUGGAGACCAUCUCCAUCGUCUUGUGGGUCUGCAGUUACUCGGAUGCCGUCCUCCGGCCCUGGAAGUCAAGCCUGCAGAAGAAGAAAAAGAAGAAAAAAGAAAGCAGCGUGGCCAUGCCUCCUGUGUUCACCAGCUUCCAAGACUAUGUUUCUGGACUUCAGACGCUCACUUCCAACGUGAUAGAUCACCUCAAAGGGCUUGAAAUUAAUUUAACUGCACUUAAACUUGAAGAGCUGUACAUAGACAAUAAUUCACUCUUGCAGGAGGAAAAGAAGUGUACAAAGACUGCGCUAGGGAAAGUCCAGAGUAGUUACCAGCACUCGGUUCAAGAAAUUGGAGAGCUGCUGAAAAAGAGACUCGAUACGAUAAAAAAUCUAAAGGUUUGAUGAAACGCCUUCUCCUUGUGCAGAAAGCCAGAUCGAAGCAUUGGCGUCAAAUAAGCAACAUCGACCAUCCCUUCUGUGUUAAAAUCUGGAACUUCCUCAUAAAUGCAUGAAGGACUUUGAUCACAAACUUUUUUUAUGUAUUAAAAAGAUAUAUUCAAGCUGAUUAAAUUAUUGUACAUUAAAAGAAUGGAAACAGGGACCCUCCACAGUCAGGGUUAUUAGACCACUGUUUAUACAUGUUCAUCAGCAGAUUGCAACAGACUCCAGAUCCCCGGCCUAACCCGUUGCGCCUCCCUUGGCUGGGGGAGGGGGAGUUCUUCAGAAACUGUCGGGGGGUCUCCCAGCUCUUUAGAAGCAGCAAUAGGAAUCCAGUGUGAAGCCUAUUUCGAAGGAAUUUGUACUUCCCCCUCCCCACAGGCAAGGCAGCACUUCGUUUGCGUGCACAUUUUUGCCGUAGAGAAGCAAAUGACCAGGCCUGAGGUCAGCUGUGGACCCCCUAAGCAUCUCUUAGGCCCUUCCUGCUUCUGCCCCAGCCAAGUAAAUCUGACGAUCUGCUCUACAACAGGGUCUUCUAUUCUCCUUUUAUGUAUGCAACUUCCCUUUCAGCCGUUCGAAUUGGUCGAAAGAGGACCAGCGUCGGUUCCAGCAUCAAACCUCCUUUUCUGUACCCCGUAAGUGUCGGAGAAUGGUGUUCUCAAUUAAAGCCUACUCCAGUUGUUUCCAAGAAAUUGGGAAAACUUGUUUAGAAAUGCAACUGGACCUAGAAUUCCAUAGGAAUCAGGUAAAAGGUGAUCGAUGUAACUGGUAGCAAAAAAACCCCUCAACGGAGCUGUUAUCAUUUCCGAGUCUAAAGCUGUGCAGUGGUGCCUUGAUGUUUCUUCCACUUUCAGAGCUGCAUGUCAAGACAGGCCGGCUGAGUUGAGCUGAACCACCGUUUUUCGUAUUUCUCUUCAUUUCAAAGCGCUCCCGAAUCCCUUCUUGAAUGAUGUGUGUGAGGUGGAUUUUGGAUGGGACCCAAGAAUGGAGAAUUUAAAAACUCCCAACUGCUUUCAAAUCCUUCCCACCCUCCUCUCAUUCGGAACAGAAUUUGGGAGCGACUCCCAAAAUACCUGUUGAGCCACGGGGGGCUUCAAGCGUUCGGCCUUUUGACAUUCAGAGCUGUUGGGUGAAAAAAGGGCUUGCGCUCCUGCGUGGCCAGUCUUGGUUACAGACAAGAAGUUGGCCUUUCGUUGUUCACAUCUUAGCAGGUUUCACUGUUCUGUGAUAUCAUUAAGCUGGUGUUUUCUGAGUUACUUGAGAGGAUUGGUUGGUUACCAUUGUAUUUCUUUUAAAUCAGCGGAUACUAAAAACCAGGGGGUGCACUCCUGUUUCUUCCUAAACAACGAUCAAUUGCCAGAUAGAAAGGAAGCCUCUUGAACAUAGAGUUUAUGCCCAGGAAGAUAAGCAGGUAGCAUCAGAGUCAGGUAAGCGAAGGUUACUUUCUCAUUAGACUUCGAAGGAGUGGCUUUGGUGGGUGUUCAGCCUCAUCUAUUGCUGUCUGCCAGCACAUCCAGCUUGUUGAUGGCCUCCCCACAGCUUGUCUUCUCAAUGCCCAUCUCACCUGCCCCCAACAGGAGAGGUUCUCGCCUGUUCUAGAGGCAGCCCUACCUGCCCCGUGAGAAAUAAGGAGCUUUACCUGAACCUGCUGUGGACGUAUCCUACCAAGAGAUGCCACACAGCGGAGGCGAUUUUUGUACAAAAACAUGACUCCUGCAGGGUUUGUUAUAUAAUCUGAGAAAAAGAAGGGCAGAAUAAAUAUGUAGAUGCAUUAUUUUUUCCAAUAAAAUAAUUUCUAGAAAGAUGUUUUGGAGCUUCGAUUGAGAAGCAACUUAAAAGACUUAAAGAAUGUUUUAAGGAAGGAUGGAAUCUCCACCGUCAGUUCUGAAUAUAUUGUUUUUCUAGUCGAUAGCUUGAUUCAAAAUGCCUGUUCUGUAAAUGAAAUGGUGGCUAUAGCCUUGUAAAAACCCCGUCAGAGCACUUCAUGAUUCUUGGGGUUUAAAGGUGAUUUCACAAACCGACUCCUUCCCCAAACCAUUUUUUGUUUCAUCCGAAAAGUAUUUUAAAAAAUAUUGACUAUUCAUGCCAUCCUCUAAGAAAUUCUUCACUUUUGAGAUCGCCUUUUAAAACAUUUCCAAAGCUUUCCUCAUUUGAUCAAGUAGGGAGGUGACCACCUGUUACACAAAUUACUUGUGUUUGUUUCAAUUGUUAAAGUCUUUUCGAGAGCUUGGUUUUCUUAGGAUUUCCUUCUGUUACAGAGAAGAUGCAACCCCUGCCCCCCCCCCCCAAGAAAAAACAGGUAGGGGGAGAGAAGCUGCUGGAAACUAGUGCUGGUGUUUUCCCUUUUGCGCAAAAAUGUGAAAUUCUGAAUUUGUGACAUUAUUUUGUCCAAGGCUUGUGGAAGUGGGUCAACGUACUUGGGGGGUAUUUAAAAAGAGCUGAAAGCUUGAGAAGAAGAAAUGUUUGACUCAGGGUCCUUCUGUGGCAACUUCUAGGAAUGAAAACCUUUGGGUUAUAUUUUCUGUAAACUCAAGUUUCCUUUUGAGGAAGAACAACUUCCGUGCAACUGUGUUCCCCUUCCAGCUUUGGAAGUUUAGGGUUUAUCAUUUUUUUUUAAAAAAAAAAUCAUUUUCUUACUAUUUAGAAAUUGAAUUUAUAUUUGAAAUUCUGAUAAUUGAAUCAUUGGGUUUGUUUUGCCUCUUAUUUGAGCUAUAGAAGAAGAGAGGUAUUCGGCUACCGAUUCUAUUCGCUGUGGAGCUUCUUUGCUUUGAUUUGCUGUUUUUUAAUUUGUGACUUAUGUAAAACACCUCAACCACCAACAGAAAUCUAAAAGGAUAAAACUGCUAACAAUCUGCUGUAAACUGAAUGGGUUUAUAAUUUAUAAAAAAAACUCAGUUUCUUUAUAACCAA